AUGUCUUUCGAGCCCAUCCUCAUCCUGUACGCCUUCCUGGCGGUGGUCCAGCUGAUCCUGACCAUGCUCCCUGGGGUUUGGUACACGCGCAAGGGGACCGUGAACGGGGGCAUGCGGCGGGCGCUGAGCGGCAUGGCCUUCAACCUGAUGCUGCCCGCGGUGGCGUUCAUCAACAUCGCCGGUCAGGUCACCGCAGACACCAUCGUCGGCUACUGGCCCUUUGCAAUGAACACAUGUGUGAGCACGCUUGUGGGCAUGGGGCUGGGGUGGGUGGUGAAUGAGGUGGUGGGCACCCCGCGCCACCUGCGAUACCACGUGGUGGCGGCCUGCGGCUACGGCAACCUGAACAGCGCAGUGGUCCAGAUCUUUGGAUACCCGAUGGCUAAGUGGCUGCUGAGGCGGCGCGUGGCGCCCCGCUCCUUCGUGGAGGUGCUGCACGACAUGUCCACCGUCUCCCUCAAGGGCAUGCCGCGCCCACCCAGCAUCAAGGAGGGCGAGCUGCCAGAGGCGGCGGAGGAGGACAAGGCGCUCAACGGCGCCGAGGCGGGCAGCGGCGCGGCCGCGCGCAAGGGCGGCGGCGGCGGCAAGGGCGGCGGCGCCGAGGCUGGCAGCUCAGGGGACCUCCCUAUUCAGCGGAAGGCGCGCCUCAGGAAGACCUGGCAGCAGUAA